UGCUGUUUUGUAUUGCUCUGCAUAGCAGAGCAAUACAAAGCAGUGUGCUUACACAGUAAAUCGCACACAUACAAAAGAGUAAAACAGCACACAGUUAACCCUUUGAUCACCCCAGAUGUUAACCUUUCCUACCCAGUGUCAUUAGUAGUCCAGGGGCGGACUGACAACUCAUGGGGCCCCCGGGCAAUAGGGGAUCAUGGGGCCCCUGUGUCCUUGCCCAAACUCAAAAAAGCCUAUGAAAAAGGUACCAGGGGCAUCUCAUGGGGCCCCUUACUGACCCUGGGCCCUCGGGAAGUGCCCGAGUUUCCAAAUGGUCAGUCCGCCCCUGGU